AUGGACGUUUGUCCAAGUAAUUAUGACCGCAAUGAGCUCACAAAUACGUGCUGGACGGAAUGUCCUAUGGACUAUCCUGUGGAAUGUGGCAUGGAAUGUAUUCGUCAAAAUGAUGAGUGUGGGAUUGAGGUGGCUAGUAAAGUCUCAGCUGUUGCCAUCGCCAUCGUCAGAAGUGCUUCGUUUGGUGUGUUUGGCGCACUGGAGAUGCUAAGUAAGAAGGUUUGGUGGGCUGCCAGGUGCACCAACGCGACGCUGAUGGUAAUGCGAGGGAUCCUCCGAUACAUCCGCACCAUGAAGGCGGAGGAUCCACAAGCGACGGACCGCAAGUUGCUGGUUUUGCUGUUUCAGACGAGCACCGUAGUCACAGAUUUACCUAUCGCUAUCCUCGUUUGCUCGAAAAAACCAGUGUCCGGGAACCUCCGUCACUCCCAAUUCGUGUUGUCCACGGCCCAGUGGAUGCUAAUGCAAGCUCUAGCAUAUGACGGUGAGAUCAUUUCGAGCUGGCAGAGAUUCCGCGCAUUCCUCCAAGGAGCAAACUUCACUGAAGCUGUCGAAGAAAUCACAGAGGGGGAGAUAAAAUCACUUGAGACAGCCAUGAAACAGAACUCGAGCUGUGCUGGAGAUCUAAAAUCUCUCAUGGAUCGGGUAUGGUGGACCGUUAACGAGUACCGACAAGAGAACCCUGCCAUCACAGAUGAUGAAGUUCGGUUAAAGAUCAGUGAAUCCGACCUCGUACUCCACGACAUACCUGUAGUAACGAACAACUGCAUGCACCAGAUGAUAUCCGAGUCGAGUCUCACGACGGCGUAUAACACCCGUGAGGUAUUACGCAAGACCUUUGGAGUUAUCAUGAACGACCUUAUCAAGUCGGGGAAGAGCGAUAACGGCACAUCCUACGACGAGAAGAAAAAAGUGUAUCGGGUAGUCGAUCUAGCCUUCGCUGGUGCCGCGGCAACACUGCUAGAUCCUACUCGUAUUACGCUUUUAUUUUCGGAGUACAUCCAGACAAUUUGUGGGCCUACUCAGUUUAUGGGUGAGAUCGACGAUGGCACAGAAGCUGCUACGCUAGGCUUGAAUACACUCCAAGACGCUUUUAAAGGCAGUACUAUCUCCUGGAUUAAGAAGGGAGACGGUGAAGUUAUUAUUAACUUCACGAGUACAGACACCAAGGACGUGACGGUGAACAUUAUGUCUGGAGGAGACCGGGUUGAUGAAGUCGACGUCAAAGCAGGAGGAACUAGUCGAUGGAAUUCGACUGUCCAAGCGCUAGGUGGAAAGACGCUCUAUCUCAACCGCAGGCGUCCGGGGUUAUUCGGUCUUCCGGGUACUGGAGGUGGGUCACUUGUUCUGUGGGUGCCCAGAACUUCCCAUGGAGGUCAUUUGGAAAUUAAGGCGAAGCUUAACGUGAGCUAA